AUGCAACCCAGCUCCCAAGUCCCGAAGGCGCGCAACAAAGAUGGCCGCCGGUCUUCCCGCGGCCCCGUCCAGCGCAGAGAGCUCCGGCGCCCCCGGGCAGCAGAGGUAGGCAGCGGGGUGCGUCUCCCAGCCACCGCCAGCAGCAGAGUGAAGGUCGGAGGUCUGGGAGCAGUCCGCGGCCAGAUCCGGAAGUCCCCGGAGCUGCCGCCGGUCUGGGGGCUAAAUCGAGGCCCCGGCUUGUGGAAGCCCUUCCGUUCCAAUGACCCGUCCCAGCGGCGGGUGCUGGACUCCGCCACCCGCCAGCGCCGUCUGAACCGGCAGCUGGAUGCUUUGGAGAAAGACAACUUCCAGGACGACCCCCACGCCAACCUCCCACAGCUCAAACGCCUCCCCCAGUUUGACGAUGACACUGAGACUGGAAAGAAAAAAAAGAAAACGCGCGGCGACCACUUCAAGCUGCGGUUCCGCAAGAAUUUCCAGGCGCUGCUAGAAGAGCAGAAUCUAAGCACCAGCGAGGGACCCAAUUAUCUGACGGCCUGUGCGCCUGCCUCAAACUUCCCCCAGCGUCACUUCUGUUCUGUGUGCGGAUUCCCAUCCAACUAUUGCUGUGUGUCCUGCGGGUCACGGUAUUGCUGUGUGAAGUGUCUGGGCACCCACCAGGAGACCAGGUGCCUGAAGUGGACGGUGUGACCCCUCUCCAAGCUCACUGUAAUUUGUGUAAAUACCUCGUUUUGUAAAGAUAACUUGAACAAUUUUUUAUUUUUUUAUUUACAAUAAACGUGAAAGGUGACUUAA